UUGGCUGAAUGGUGACCAGCUGCAGAAACACCCCGAGAGAGAAGCAAGAAACAUCGACAACAUAUACGCGUUUGGAUCAUAUCUGACUGGUUUUCUCUCUCCUGUUUUUCCGUGGCUUCAUUUUUUGACAGCAACAUGUUUUCAAUUUUUCCAAAAACGUUGCUGUUGGUUUUGUUUUGUGCGUGUGCUGAGUCUGCAGCCAGUAACCGCAGUGCACACGGGAGGGCCUUUACCAUUUUUGAGGGUACAGCCACACAUAAGUCAAUAGACCAGCGUUCAGAGGAAGAUAUUACUGAUAUCAAUAAUUCUACACGAGUUCGGGCUCAUAAUGGAACUUUUAAUGUAUUACACACAACGCAGAAUAUCUCAGAGGAGGCGCUGCAGUUUCUCAGAGGCCGUGUGUCCACUGUCCUCAUACCAUCGUUCUACACGCUGGUCUGCCUCAUCAGCAUGCCAUUUAACAUCUGUGCGGUGAUAGCUUUCGGUUGGAGGAUCAAGCCCAAGAAACCAGCAGCAAUCUACAUGCUAAACUUGGCUUGUGCUGACCUAAUCUUUGCCCUGCUGCUCCCCUUCAAGAUCUCCUACCACUUUGGCGGCAACAACUGGAUAUUUGGCCCAAUUAUGUGCCGUGUGGUCACUGCAGCUUUUUACUGGAACAUGUAUUGCUCUGUUCUGCUCAUAACUUGCAUCAGUGUGGAUCGGCUUCUUGCUAUAGUCUACCCUAUGGACUCCCUGGUUUGGAGGACGCCACAGAAUUCAGUCAUAGCCUGUGUCACCAUGUGGAUAUUAUCCUUCGCUGGCUCAGUGCCCCUGGUGGUCUCCGAACAGUCUGUUCACCUAACACAGCUGGACAUCACCACCUGCCACGACAUCCAGAGAUCUGAUCAGCAAAUCUGGCACUACAAGAUCUACUUCAUCAUUCUCUGCUGCUUCCUCUUCUUCCUGCCUCUGCUCAUCACAGUAGUGUCCUACACUAGGGUGAUCUGGUCGCUGAGCAGGGUCCCACGCGGGGUUCCUGGACGCUCACGCAGACGCAUGAGAGCAGUGGGGAUGGUUUUAACGGUGCUGGUGAUCUUUGUGUUGUGUUUCAUGCCCACAAACUGCCUGCUGCUAGCGCACUACCUACAAUUCAACGAGGGAGUGAAAAACCCCCAACAGGCCCCUGAUGGCUCCUACUCGAUCUAUCUGGUUUUCCUGUGUUUGGGGAGUCUGAACUGCCUUCUGGAUCCCCUGGUCUACUACUUUGGAUCAUCCCAAUGCCGGAAACAACUGUCCAAAGCACUGAGGUGUCAGAAGAUUACAGAGGUCAGCAGCAGCAGUCAUUCAUCUUCUGGUUCAUACAGAUCCAGCGCCAGAACGAUUCUGAAGUCCAGCCACAAAGAAAUUUCAAAGACAAACACAUCAACCACCAAAACUGACUCUUUCCAAGCAAAUAUCAACAGCCAAUGUAAUAAACUACUGGUCUGAUAGACUGGUACACUGGAUCAAAGUGAUGUAACUGACUUAACCUAAACAAUAGAAUUAUCUAUAUUAUGAAGUUCAAGUAACAGCAAGUAAUGAGCACAAAGCCUGUAGUGUCUAGCCUUUAUGUUUCUGUCACGAUUAGAAUAAAUGGAGGACGUGAACUUACAACAUAAAGUAUUAAAAAAGAUUUUUUUAUACUACAACUAAAUACAUUUUAGUUUGAGAAUUCUUGCUUUCAAACACUGAAGUGACACACAUGCCCUUUUGAGUGAAUAAUGUAGUUAAAAAUGCAGGGAAGGAAGUUUGAAUUUAGAUAAGAACGAAUGUUUGAUACUAUGAAAUGCUAUUUGCACUGCAUAUGUAAGAGCUUAAAGGUUUAUAAGCAGCAAGUGAAUACUAGGACUUUCUAUUUUGUUGAUACUUUGUAUUUUCCUGUUUUUGUGUAUGUAUAUAUAAAUAUAGAUGUAUAUUUACUGAAAAGCAUAUUUUAACGCACCUAUGUUUCAUCUCUGAACAGCUUUCAGUCAUGUCUUAUUUUGUAUUUUCUUUAAAUAUAAACCACUUUUAAAACAAAAUAAGCUUACAGCUUGUCUAAUUCCCACCCCAAGUUUCUUAAGGUCUGGGGACCCUUUAUUAACCAUAUUAGAAAUGAGAAGUGUCUCACUAGGAACUAAUUCAACUGGACUACUGUAUAUUGUAUUUUGUUGUAUUGCAUUGCAUUGUAAUGUGCUGUAAUCCACCAGGUUAAUUUUCUUUCCUGGCCUUCUUCGACCCCUAUGUCCUAGAUACACCCACUCAAUUCCUGACGGUCAAUCCACUUAUGGACAUUCCAGUCAUUGACAUGCAUGUGCGUCUUUACUGUGAGCUGGCAGUAUGUUGUUUUUUGCUGUUAUUUUGUUUUUUUAAAUUAUUAUUAUUUGUUUUAUGUUUUGUUGUGUCGCUUUGUCUAUUUUGUUCUCCAUGUUGUGAAAAAGCAAAACUCAUGAAUAAAAGUUAUUUAAA